CCACCGACCAGCCACCUUCGUGCACCCCCUUCGGUGCUCUCGUCCUCGGCGACGAGGUUGACGCGAGAGCCGCGUCGUCGCGCGAGUCUUCUCCGCGAGGAUGGAGCAGCUCGCCCAGUUCGUUUCCAAGAGCUUCGACAACGCGGCUGGCGAACACGCGCCAUGCAGGACAACCACCGAACGACCUCCGUCCGCGAGGAUCACCCUCAGUGUCGCGCAUUUGCUCGGCGAUUCUGCGGAGAACGAUGGCAAUGUCGGUGCAGGGACGAGCGAAUCCGCUCAAGAUCCAUCGAGCGUCGAGGCGAGCAGCGUGGAUGAACCGCCGUCGCCGGAAGGCCGUCUCCAACCGGAAGAUCUCUCCGUUACGACCAAGAGCAAGGAGGCGAAGGACGUGGUUAACACCGUGGACAGCCUCCCGCCUCUAAAAACACCGGAAUUAAAGCUCUCCGUAAGAAAAUUGCUAGGAUGCAGUCCGUCGCCACCACCGAUUUCGAGAGAUCGUUCAGCUAGCCCUGAAAAUUGUGUCGAAUUGAAAAGUCAAGCAUCUAACGAAACGAAAUCGUCGGAUUUGAAGCUACAGUCGCAGGUUUCGAGGUCUUUGAUGCAGGGACAGGAAGAAAGUACGAAAGGAUCGAACUGUCGUAAUAGCGGAAACGGGAACGGGAAACAGAGAAGAUCUCGAACAAAUUUCACUUUGGAACAAUUGGCUGAAUUGGAAAGGCUGUUCGAUGAGACGCAUUAUCCUGACGCGUUCAUGAGAGAAGAACUGAGCCAGAGACUCGGUUUAAGCGAGGCGAGAGUUCAAGUCUGGUUUCAGAACCGACGUGCCAAGUGCCGCAAGCACGAGAGUCAAUUGCAUAAAGCAGGUGGAAUGGUGCUGGCUCCUCGAAGUCCGCCAGCGACCCUGGAACCGUGUCGAGUGGCGCCGUACCUACCGGCCUUGAGGUUGCACCCCCCAAUGCAGGGUGCCGGUGGCAACAUGACCACCGCGGCAGGUUCUGCGUUCGACCCAGCUGUCCUCCAUUACGCGGCAGCCGGCGGUCUUUUCUGUCUUCCACCACCGCCGCCUCCGCCACCGACGUCCACUCAUCCGCACCCUCAUCCCCUGAGUUUGGCGGCUUCGUUGGCUGCGGCCGCAGCACGUUCCAAAAAUAGCAGCAUCGCGGAUCUAAGGUUGAAAGCCAGACGACACCAGGAAGCAUUGGGACUCGACAGGCCUGCGUAAAACGAAAAAACUCCGACUUCGAAGUCGACUAACAGCGAUUGUUGCUGUUUCCUUGCACGGUGGUGAGUAUGGUAUCGUUCAGAGAGUUUCUCCGUAUGAUUCGUUGGGUUUCGAGGUUUAUUCGAAGAUUAUUUCGACGAUAGGAAGCGUCUUCGAUCUUGCAGAACAUUUUCUUCCAUUCACUUUUUGGCGUGAAAAGUAACAGGGUGUUUUGGAGGGGAAGAGUUUGAGAUCGGAUGAAGUAGAUUUCUUUUGGAACGCUGGAAUUAUUUUAGAAGAAUAAAGUUGAUCGUAGCCGACUCACCACCGUUGUGAAACUGUGCAGGUGAAUAUUGAUUCGCUUAGAGUAUUUGGCAAGCACUUGACUUCUUGGUUGUCGAGUAUUAUCAAGAUACUCGCUUCACGUAUUAAAUUUUCUAACAAUAACGAAGAGAUGUUGUUUCCAAGUAAAUCAUUUUUCAUUUUUUCGCUUUAUUUAAUACUAUUACAUCUAUAGUAGCUAUUUUUUGACGAUUUGGCGAAGCUCUGCAAAAUCGUGAUGCAAGGAUACUCGUCAGCGAGACAGCUGCAUCAGUACGUGUCCGAGAAGUACAAACGGAGACUCGAUGUGUAUAAAGUGAACAAUUUCCGGGAGAAGUGUGUAUUAUACAUAUAAUAUAAAGUAUUAUACAUAAAUAUAAAUAGUCGAGGGUCGGUAGUAGCUGGGCUUGGAAAUAACGAGUCGGUGAGAAGUUGCAUCCGUCGGAACGGUCGAAAUUUCUCAUUCCGAGACGAAUAAAUUCUUUGUAUUUCGAUUUCUAUUUUCUUCGUUGAGCCACGAAGUGAAUAUCAAUGAAAUUCUGAAAAUGCAUGGAACGAUGUUGUAGAAUGAUGGGUGUGAAAAAUUCAGAGAUUUCGAUAGGUGUCUAGCGUCUCCAGGCGAUUAAAACGAAUUCGGCGAUGGCGUGUUGAGGAUACAUGAUUGUUCUUGAAUACAUGAUUGUCACACUGUAUA